UUCCACCUUUCCAAAAACACGAGGUGCGCCUCUUUCAAAACUCUACCACCAAAUCAAGCCUAAAAGCAAAACAAAGUCAAAGUCAGUUGUAGGAUUACAAAACAAGUUUCCAAGUGCAUAGUGUGAAGUGAAGAAGAAGGAGGUCUGAAAGUGGCUAUGACAGCAGUGUCCAACUCCAACGAUACGGCCAUAACCUUGGAAGAAUGGAAUGGCUCUUCCACCUCCAAGCUCUCUAAGACUUUCACCAUCCAAGCUUCCUCUUCCUCUGUCUCCUUUAAAAGAUCCGGUGCCCGUUUCACCCAUCUUUGGAGACGAUUAUUGCAGGCAUUAGUUCCUGAGGGUUUUCCUAGCAGUGUGACUGCAGAUUAUGUUCCCUUUCAAAUAUGGGAUACAUUGCAGGGUCUUUCAACUUAUACAAGGACCAUGCUGUCUACCCAGGCUCUCCUUAGUGCUAUUGGGGUUGGCGAGAAAUCAGCUACUGUGAUUGGUGCCACUUUUCAGUGGUUUUUGAGGGAUCUAACCGGCAUGCUUGGAGGUAUCUUAUUCACAUUCUACCAGGGAUCAAAUCUUGAUAGUAAUGCCAAAAUGUGGCGUUUGGUUGCAGAUCUUAUGAACGAUCUUGGUAGAUUCUUUCACCAUUUUUUUUUUUUUUAUUUAAAUUUUCAUGCAACCAUUUUCUCUACACAUUUCGAAGGGAGUCAAGAAACAGUGGCCACAAUGAUUGGCAUGGCAUUGGGCAUGCUUGUUGCUCGCAUCACCAUAGGACACCCACUAGCCAUUUGGGUUUGUUUUUUGUCCCUAACCCUGUUCCAUAUGUAUGCGAACUACCAAGCUGUGCGGUGCCUAGCAUUGACCUCAUUAAAUCCUGAAAGAACCACUAUUCAUUUGCAGCAUUUCAUGAAGACAGGCAAAGUUCUGUCACCUGAACAAGUCUCUGCAAAGGAACAUGUUUUACCUCUUAAGCUCACUGUAUGGAGCUCAAAGAAUGCUGAUUUGCUGUAUACAAAAGUACAUUUAGGUACAAGGGUUUCAUCAUUAGAUAACAUGGAAAUUAAGGAGCAUUUGCUUUCUGCAGCAUCUUACUAUGCAAAAGCCAAGUACUUACUAGUUGAAAGGAACGGAACUGUUAAUGUUAUUGUGCAUAAAGAUUCAAAUGCUGCUGACAUUCUGAAAUCAUUUGUUCAUGCUCUCAUUCUUGCAACGAAUGUCUCUGAGAGCAAAUCUUCGCAUUCAGACAGCCAAAUGUGGAUCGAUAAGCACUACGACGUGUUUAUUCACAAGCUCAAGUCAUUAGGCUGGAAAACAGAACGGCUUCUAUCACCUAUAAUAUGGAGGGCAAACUGGAUCUAUAAAGCAUCUGAAAAGAAAGCCGAUUAGGUUUCAGUACAUGAAUAUUGUUCUAGAGAAGGCGACUAGCAGCACCUUCGGACUGGAGAGUUGCUUGAAGUGGAGUUGAGUUAUGGUUGACAACGUUAGCAUGAUCUUUUAUAAGUUAUUUAUGAUUUCGCUGUGAUGCUAUGAAGAUAAAGAAAGCUUGACUAGUUGGUUGCAUUGCCCUUCCACCCAACCUAAUGAUCUGUGUAUUCAUUUUGGCUCCGAGCUAAUACACUCUUCCAUCAUUAAAUAUGGUGUUUGACGCAUCUAACGCGGAUGAUACAUUCCAGAUGUAUAUGUUAGCACAGUGUAUGAGCAAGAAGUUAGAACAAAUAAAGCAUCCUUUUAAUAGAUGAAUAUUUAUGUAUAGAGCUCCUUUUAAUAGAUGAAUGAAUAUUUAUGUAUAGAGCUUUUGUUUUACGGAAAAUACAUGUUUCCUGAGGCUGCAUUUGUUUGUGUUUUUUGACAAGACAGAAUAUGAUUAUGAGACGGAGACAAUAGAAUAAAAAUAUUAAAAGUUAUUCUGUGUAUUAUGUUUGAAUACAAUGUACAAGACACUAAUGUAAUAUCUUGAAUUAUAUUUGGAUAGAUAUAAACAAGACAAAAAUAUUAUGUAAAA